AAAGAGUAAAGUAGUGUGUGAACUGUGUGGAAAGAAGAAAAAAAGCACACACGGAUGGGAAAUCAACUGUCCAUCGUCUCAAUCUUCCCUCCGCCACCGCUGCUCUCUCCAUAAUCGCCGCCCCUCUCCGCCUUCCCCUCCCUUCGGAACCAAAAAAGAAAUGGGCUGCACGGCGUCGAAGCUGGACAACGAGGACACGGUGCGGCGGUGCAAGGAGCGGCGCCGCCUGAUGAAAGAGGCCGUCCACGCCCGCCACCACCUCGCCGCCGCCCACGCCGACUACUGCCGUUCCCUCCGCAUCACCGGCUCCGCCCUCGUCACGUUCGCCUCCGGCGAGCCCCUCGCCGUGUCCCAGCACGCCCCCGCCGUCUUCCUCCGCACCCCCUCCUCCUCCACCGCCGCCGCCCCCAAACCUAGGCCGCCGCCGCCGCCCCCUCCUCAUCGCAGCCCCUCUCUCCACCCCCCUCCGCCGCCGCCCCCUAUGUCCACCGCCUCCUCCCACCGCCAAGAAAAACAACCGCCGGCGCCGCCGCCGAUGCGGCGGAAGAAGGCUCCCAAAGUGCCCCACAUCCUCUCCGACUCCAGCUUCACUUCUUCCCCACCACACGACUUCAAUUACAACGCGAGAGCUCACUCAACCUACUCCACCACACCCUCCCAGACCUCCUCCGUUUGGAAUUGGGACAAUUUCUACCCCCCUCCCUCUCCCCCGAGCUCCGAGCACUUCGAGCAGCUCCGCAACGCCAAGCACCACGCCCCCAAUUCCGACGACGAUCGCUACACCGACAACGAAAUCGACGACAGAGCCUCCAGCUUCACAUCCUACUCAAACGUGAGGGAUCACGACGAUCGCUACCCCGAUCAGGGCCACCAUUUCGACGACAGGGCCUCCAACUAUUCCUCGAUUUCGCGCUACUCCAACAACAGAGGCCCCCCGCCGAUGCAGAAGAAAGGGCAGAGCUUGAAACGGUGGGAGAGUGAGGAGGAGGAGGAGGAAACCGAGAGAGAGGAGGUGCAGUGCAGUGAAUGGGGAGAUCACGAUCACGAUCAUUACAGUAGCACCAGCAGUUCAUCUGGUGAAGAAGAAGAAGAAGACGACGAUGAUGAUGAUGAGAGGGAGGAUUUGAAGUCAAGAUCCGAUUUUGGGACUAGGUCCAAUCUUGGCUCUGUGAAAAACGAAUCCUCUGCCGCCGCAGCAGCCGCGGCCCACAAUCAUCACAAUAUAAAUUCCAAGUUCUCGAGCAAAUCGGAGAAGUUGUACGAGGAGGAAGACGGGAAGUCGUCCACGAGUUGGGGGGAUGGGAAUCACAAGGAGGGGAAUUUGGACAGGAGGAUCGUGGUGAGGCACAAAGACUUAGUGGAGAUCGUGGCAGCGAUCAGGGAGUAUUUCGAGAAGGCCGCUGCUUCAGGGGACCAGGUCUCCGAGAUGCUGGAAACCGGCAGGGCUCAGCUAGAUCGGAGCUUCAAGCAAUUGAAGAAGACAGUGUAUCAUUCUAGUGGAAUGCUAAGUAACUUGAGCUCUAGCUGGACAUCUAAACCUCCUUUGGCUGUUAAAUACCGGUUGGAUCCCAGUUCAAUCGAGCAGUCGGGUGAUUCCAAGAGUCUUUGCUCCACAUUGGAACGGCUCUUGGCGUGGGAGAAGAAACUGUAUCAAGAAGUGAAGGCAAGAGAAGGGGUAAAAAUUGAACACGAAAAGAAAUUGUCUACACUUCAGACCCAGGAAUACCGGAGUGAAGACCAAUCCAAUUUGGACAAGACAAAGACAUCAAUCAAUAGGCUUCAGUCUCUAAUUGUGGUGACAUCUCAGGCGGUGUCAACAACUUCGUCUGCUAUUAUUGGUCUGAGAGACUCCGACCUUGUCCCACAGCUCGUGGAACUCUGCCAUGGGUUUAUGUACAUGUGGAAAUCGAUGAAUCAGUUCCACGAGGUCCAGAACGACAUAGUGCAGCAAGUCCGCGGUCUCGUGAACCAAACAAAUAAAGGGGAAUCAACAUCUGAUCUGCACAGGCAGGCAACCCGCGAUCUUGAGUCAGCUAUAUCCGCGUGGCACUCCAGUUUUUGUCGUCUGGUGAAGUUUCAGAGGGAUUUUGUCUGCUCCCUCCACGGUUGGUUCAAACUCACCCUCAUCCCUGUGCAUUCCGAGACCAGCAACGGAGCCAGAGACCAAUCCCAGGUCUUCGCCUUCUGUGACGAGUGGAAACUCGCACUGGACCGCGUCCCGGACACCGUCGCCUCCGAAUCCAUCAAGAGCUUCAUCAACGUCGUCCACUCCAUAACCUCCAAGCAGACGGAGGAACUCAAGAUCAAGAAACGGACCGAAUCUGCAUCCAAGGAGCUCGAGAAGAAGGCCUCCUCCCUCCGGACCAUCGAGAAGAAGUACUACCACUCCUACUCCAUGGUCGGGAUAGGGCUCCCCGACGACAGCGGGCACGCCCUCGACGCGCGGGACCCGCUGUCGGAGAAGAAGUCUGAGCUGGCAGCCUGCCAGCGGCGCGUGGAGGACGAGAUGAUGAAGCACUCCAAGGCCGUGGAGGUGACGAGGGCGAUGACGCUGAACAACAUCCAAACCGGGCUGCCCGGAGUCUUCCAAGCCAUGACCAGUUUCUCUGCUCUGAUGACUGAAGCCCUUGAAGCAGUGUGCACAAGAUCUUACUCCAUUUAGAUAUGAAAAAGAACCCUACUUUAUUAAUCAAUUGUUUUUCUUGCUCAUCUGUUUUGAGUUUUGAGGCAAGUUUUUAGAAAUACAAAGGCUGGCAAAGUUAUUAUUUUUGUUUCACUUUUGAUCAUUGCUGUUGGAUUGCUGUAAUAUGUGAAUAUGUUGGAAAUUUUAGCUCAUUAUCAUAAGGAAGGCUUGUGUAUCAAUAAA